CUUUCCAGAAGCCAAUGGAGGGGGUUAGCGCGAGCCAAUGGGUCCGGGCGGGCUGUGAGCGGACCUGAGCGCGAGGCUGCGGGGAAGGGAUGGCCCGUGGCGGCGCGAGGCGGCACCGCGGGACUGGUGCACCACGCGCUGGCUGCCGGGGGGCGAUGAGAACUCGCGAUCUCCUCCCCCGCCCCGCUGGCAGCUGCCGCCUCCCCGUCUCCCAGGGCUGCUGAGGCUCGGGCAGGGCGCCUGCCUGGCCGAGGGGCUCGCGCUGCCCUUGCGUUCCGCCGGGGCUCGGCCGCGGCUGCCUGGCCCAGGAGCCUGCCCGGGAGGCUGGGCACAGCCCUCGCCGCGCGAAGGGGGCUGGCGCUGCACGGGCGUUAGCCGCCGCUGCUCCCUCCCCUGCCGGCUGCUGGCUGCAUGCUCACCCCGCUUCAGUGAGAGCCGCGGCGGGGCGGCUUCUCUCCGCUCCCUCCUUCCCCGCUGACUGGAGGUGGGAGGGAGAGAAGAGACCCAGAGAGGAAGGAGCCGGGCGUGCGGAGCGGAGCCAUGCGAGAAUACAAAGUAGUGGUGCUGGGCUCGGGCGGGGUGGGCAAAUCCGCCCUCACCGUGCAGUUCGUGACCGGCUCCUUCAUCGAGAAGUAUGACCCCACCAUCGAGGAUUUCUACCGCAAGGAGAUCGAGGUGGAUUCCUCCCCCUCGGUGCUGGAGAUCCUGGACACCGCCGGCACCGAGCAGUUCGCCUCCAUGCGGGACCUCUACAUCAAGAACGGGCAAGGGUUCAUCCUGGUCUACAGCCUGGUCAACCAGCAGAGCUUCCAGGACAUCAAGCCCAUGCGGGACCAGAUCAUCCGGGUGAAGAGGUACGAGAAGGUGCCCAUGAUCCUGGUGGGCAACAAGGUGGACCUGGAGGGCGAGAGGGAGGUCUCGUAUGGGGAAGGCAAAGCUCUGGCCGAGGAGUGGAGCUGCCCCUUCAUGGAAACUUCAGCCAAAAACAAAGCUUCAGUGGAUGAACUGUUUGCAGAGAUUGUCAGGCAGAUGAACUACGCUUCCCAGCCCAACGGGGACGAUCAGUGCUGCUCGUCCUGCGUGAUCCUCUGAAAGGGCCUUGGGGGCAAUGUUGUCGUUCGCAAAGGUUUACAACAAAAAGAAGCAGCAAUGUGAUCGUUCGAAACAAAGAUUGGAAACAACUUUGCAUACACAAGGAUUCCAGGCUGCAGCAGCACCAGCUGCUGCAGUGAUCAGUGUCACGGGGUGGGUGUAUUGUUGAAAACGUGGCUUUUUCAGCAUGUACAUUUCAUCGAUUUUGAUUGUUGCAUAUUUCCCGUAAGUACCAUUUACAGAUUGCUGUAUUGGCAACUGACACCAGUAAGAAAAGUUUCGGCCUGGAGAAAGGGGAGCUUGUGAGCAAUCGUUUUCUAACUGGAAGAGUUAGAUUACACCUAAGGAACUAAGGGGAGCAGUAAACGAAGAAACCAUUGCAGAGAGGGAGAGAGAAAUCUUUCCGUGGACGUGUGGGGGUGAAACUAAGAUUGGUGCUCUCUUUUCUUUAGCCAACCUUGAAUGCACCCUGUGACUAUGAUAUUGAUUCUGAGGAUUUCUAUGCAAAGUUGGAUUAUUGUUACAGUGUAUCCAAUCUGAAGUAUUGCACAUCUGAACUGGGACUUUUAAUAACACUGAUGCCAAUACAGUGUGGGGUGCCAGAACGUGUCUGCUGAUCAUUUGUGAAACUAUUUUGUUUACCUGCUGUAUCGGAUGGGAGUUUGGGGGAGAGCGGUAGUAUUUUUUUUUUUUUAAAAAUCAGCUGUGAAAAUGUUACAAAUCUGCACAAUAUUUUUUUAGUUGUGUUUUCUUCUUUUCUUCAGGGGGGAGGGAGGUUUGUGGUGGUGGUUUGUUUUCCUUAUUUUUGGGUUGGCAAUAACUGAUUUUGAUUAGCUCUCUAAAGUACAAAGACUUCCUAAAAUGUGAUACAGGGCCAACAGCAACCCUGUGUCUGUAGAGUGCCUUCAAAACUCAGCUGUUCCAGCCGGUGCCAACCUGUGAAAGCUCCACAGAAUCCCAUUAUCUACUACUCCAGAAACUACUUAACAGCUUCCUUUCAGUAAUCACACUGAACAAGCCAGGACAAAAAGGCCUAUUGUUUAGUGGAAUUUAUUUCUUAUUUCCAUUUCAGCCUUUUAAAUGUCAUUUCCAUGUCUUGCAAAUUUGGACUGUAUUUAAUUCAAAUUUACAGGCAUUUAGUUUUUUGGGAGGAUUUCUUUUGUUUUGGUUCUCUGAUGUAGGAUGUACCUCCAGCCAGCAAAGAGCGAAAUCUUAAUGUUGUGAUGUACCAAGAAAAUUCUAACAACUGUAUCUUUAAUUCCAGACAUGCGUUUAAUGUCUCUCCGUUUUAAGAAUUUUAAUACAAAUGUUUUGUUUUUUUAAAAAACGAACAGCAAAACUGUGGUUUUUUUAAUGUAAGGAGAACUGACUUUAAUAUGCAAUCAUGGCAGACGUAUGCUUUUUAAUCGUGAUAUUUGUCUAACCAAAAUAACAGUAUGUUAAGAAUGGAGGAAGGUAACCUAAAAUCAUGAGGCUAGGGAAUGUUUCUAUUGUAUCUGCUGGUAAUGUUGGAAACAGUUGAAUAAUUAUAUUUAGGUCCUGAUGCUACAAGAUGCUGUACAUGGGCGAAUCCUACACUUAUAUAAAUGCUUGUUGAAGUCAUUUGGGCUCUAUGCAGAACAGCUUGCAGGAUUAGGAUCUUAUUUUGUAAUUUUAAAAAUAACAUGGUUUAUUGGAGUCUAGGUGUUGAAGGUCAGCUGUUCGUAAACUUCUAUACUUUACUGAAAAAGAUACAGCUUUUAAAAUUAUGCAUUAAGACUGUGAUUCCUUACCAUUUCAAAUGUAACUUGCAAAGGAGGGGAAAAUGGGAUUUUUUUAAAAAUACAAAGAAGGCCUGAAAGGCAUUUAUUCUCCCAAAAUUCCCAGAUGUGUGUGGGUUUUUUUGUUUUUUUUUUUAAGCUCAUGAUUUGUCUGUCCAGGAGGACUUAUGGGAACUAAUGAAAUUAUGACAUCACAGGAAACCAAAAGCUGACCAACUGAGGAAGUAGGGACUUUUAGUCAAACUGAUUAACAUUUAGGGUGCCUAAUUCUUCUCACUCCUAAUUUAAACCUUGAUCAUGAAUUCACUGUGUCCAAUAGCAAAGAUCCCACUGACAUCAGUUGUGCAGGAUCAGGGCCUUACACAGAUGUGACUUCAUUGAUUUCAAUCAAUGAAGUGACUGUUGUACUUCAGAGAAAAACAAAAUGCCCAGUUUCAGCUGAUUUAUAGCAUCUAUUUAAUUCCUAAUACCUAGCAAAAAGCUUGGGAGAAAUGAUGCCUUAAAGAUUAAACAUCCACCUCUAUCUGAGCUCACAAUAUUUCACUUCUCUUAAAUCCCCAAGAAGCUUUCCUGCCAAACUAAUAUUUCUACAGUUAAAAUAAGUUUAGAAAAAAAACCCAGAUGAAGAGAGCUGCAAACUUUUCCCCAACCCACCCUGGAUUGAUUUCUUUCUAGUCUUCUUUAUAUAAUACAUCAAAAGGUACAAACUCAUUUUUUUAAAAAAAACAAACCUCACUUUUGCAGUUCACCUUUAAGAACUUAAAAAAAAAAAAAGUUGAAUAAAAAAAUUUGUUUAAGGACUUUAAAAUCAGACGCCAUGCUGAAUAGCUGUUUUUUAUUAUUAAUAUAAGCCACAUCUUAACAGGAAUUUUCUUUUUCAGUACUAAGGUAGGCUUAUUGUAGACAUUGUGCAUUAAAGUUUAAAAGCAUAUGUUAUACCUGUAUCUUGGCCAUUGCCAGUGGUCCAAUCCUGUCUAAAUACUACAUGCUUUCCCCCAAGUGCUGAGAGCCCCUAUCCCCCAAAACUCAUUGACCUCAAUGGUAUUUGGAAGGUUUUUUAGUACCUAACAGAAGCUGUCCUUGGGUGAUUACUGGAUGAUCUCUGGAUAACUUGUUCAGUAGAGUUAUCUUCAUAAUUGCUGCUUUCAACAUAAUGAAACCUGGCAAACCUAGUUUUCCCAGCAGAAUAGCAGUUAUUGACAUCUAAAAUUGAAGCUAAAAAAUUUCAAAAUACCUCAUGAUUUCAAAUUGUUUCAUUUUUGAUUUUGUGUGGUGUUUUUUAAAGAAAACCUGACUAAGUAAUGAUGCAAGUGUGUAUGUAUAGCAUACACCAGCUCAACAUAAACUCCAGUUUUAGCUUUGGCCUAGCAGAACAAGUGAAGGUCUUUUAAUAUAUGUUGCUUCUUGCCAAAGGGGUGUAUGUGUUUAAGUAGUAACACGUGGCAUGGGUCUAAUACCAUGAGUGCAAGCAUAUAAAUGUUCAAAAAUUAUAUUUUCUCCUGACUGGUGAGGAUGCUACAGAAAGGAGCACUGGCUAGCUAGACCUUUCAGAGACUCCAAACUGUUGUGUCGUUCACUAAACAUAAGCCUGGUCUAUACACAAAAACUACUUUACGAGUACACUGCCUCUUACUGUUCCCGCCCCCCAGUGUGGAUGCAGUUAUCUGUUGUAAAGGUGCUUUAUACUGUUACGUCUUAUUUCCCUUCCCUGUGGGAACAAGCUAUACCAGUAAAAUGUACCUUUUAUAUUGUUAUAUAACUGAAUCCACAGUAGGGGUUGUGAAAAUUUAAUUAAUUGGGUAGAAAACCCAGACCCCAUAUAUUCUAUUGUCCACAAUGAUUACAUUUUUAAAGACCAUGACAAAUACUGAGCAUGUACCAUUACAGGAAAGUAUGUUAUCUUUCAAAUAUCAGUCUCUAUGAUCACUGCAAUUAUGCAAUGUUCUAGAGCUAAAUGCAGCACUUGUGUUGAAGGUUUACAGUAGGAUAGUCAGACCUUAUAGCUGACCAUAAUUCUACAGCCAUAAUAUUGCCUACAGAAUUUUUGAGGACUCUGCUCUCAAAAGAAUGAGUGUGACUGGUUUGUGCAAAGGGCAUUUUAAGGUAGUGGCUGAUUGUCUCUUUAUGGCCUCUUGGUUCGGUGUCAUUUUGACAGACAUUGCAGAACAUCUGAUUUUAGCUUUGAGUGGCAAAAAAAUAAAUAAAUAAAUAAAGCUUUUUUUCUGUAAGAAAUCUGUGUGAAAGUGAAUGCCACUUGUUCUCUUAGGUCCUGCUCUUGAAAUUCAUAGCAAAACUCUCAGGAUUUUUAAAUAGGAAAAGGACUUUCGUCCCAAAGUACUUAUGAAUAUAAUGUCAUUUUUUGACUGCUGUUUGAAGCUCCUCUACUCUGCAGAUUCAAAUAGCAGGAAAUAAAAAAAAUUAAUACACCCUCACUACAUCCGCUGAAGCUACUAUUUUGGGUGCUUUGUGCAUGUGCUCACAAGAUCUGGGACUUCUGGUGCAAUCAGUUAUCAUGUGGGCUGUGUACAGUGUUCAAAUACUAUUUAAAGGUACCUAAACUGUUCUCAGUAGCGUAUAAAGCCUACAUCCAAAGGUGUAAUUUAUACUAAAUGCCAUCGCAAAAAUGUCUUUCCCCAGUUAUUACUGUAAUGCAGUGACCCUACAGCAAGUUUUGUGUAGAAAUUCAGUGCUUGUCAAUCUCUCUUAUAGGAAAGGAUUUAUUUUCUUUAUUCACAGCCACAAAGGUAACUACCCAAACCCCUGAGUCCUGGGAAUAGCUCCCUCCCCAAGAGAGAAUCGCAUACCUUACCCACUGCAGAAGAUUCAAAAUCAGGCUUUAUUUCAAAUAAAAAAAACACUAAAGUGAGGAGUAACCAAAACUUUAGAAAUUGGAGAAGGGGAUUUAGGGGUGGGGGGUAGCUAGAGAGUAACUCUCCAAUAUUAGUAUUUGAUCAUCCUUUAAGUGCCACAAGGUUCAUACUUUGUUUCCUAUUUUAUAAAAUAAAUAGAAUGGGUAGAACAGGAUACUUGGACUGACUUUCUAACUUUGGACCUGAUUGUGUUCCCAAGAAAGCAAUGGGGAGAAAAUUCCUAUUAAAAAUCAAUGGAAGUGGCAUUGAACACUUUCCCUUGUUCCCAUUUUCAGCUUUACUGGUUCCUUUGUGCAGCCAGUCACUUUCAGGUUGUUAAACACCCAACGAAAUCUGACCCUUCUGAGCAGACAGGUUACAGUGUAAAUGUUUACGUGAUGUAGAAUUUGUGGACAGUUGUUUGUUAGACUUCCACUAGUAGUCUCCUCAGAGGAAGUUAAAAUAUAUACUCCAAUGCACAUCAGAUCCUACUUUAAGGCAACUGAUGUAGUGAUUAGGUAGAUGACACGCUACAAAUAUGCUUAGCAAGAUUCUGUAAUAGAAGUACAUUUUAGCUAUAGUGCCUAAUUUAAAGAGAUUCCUAUUUUAAUAAGAAAAUGUGUGCCUUUGCUCAGAAGAUCCAAAACUGAUUUACUAAUAUUAAGUCUCAACAUGGGAAACAACCAUUCGAUGGUGUUACCAUUUUUUUUCUAGUGGUGAUUUGGGCAAAGAAUGAAAAAACGGAUAAGAAUCAGUAGCCUUAUUUUACGAAUUCCUGACAAGAAAAUAUUUUAAGGCAAUUGGUUUCUAAAAAUGUAGCCUUGGGGUUUUUUAAAAUAACUUUGUCUUUCAAAUUGUAUGCACAAGAAAUCUUUUGUAGAAAGUGUGGUGUUAAUAGAUAGAUGUCCAGGCAGCAGACAGCGUCCAGGUGUGCAUUUACCUCAGCGACUGCCACUUCUGCAACAGAUUUUGCAAGAUCUAGAUUAGUCAUACUGAUCACAAUCAUGUUGUUUCACCUUUUUCUGCCUUCUGGAGAUAGUGUAUAGUGUACGUUCUGUUCUAGUAUGAUACUGGAUUGAAACAAAAGGGUCAUCUUGUGAGUAUACAUGUUUGGAAUUAGAUUGCUGGAUGGGAGACUGAUUCUAUAUGAGAUUAAAUGGUUCUUAUCAAGUAACUAUUGCACAAUCAUGCAAACGUUUACUUGUAUAAUGUUCCCUAUCGCAUCCUUCUCAGUCAUGAAGUGGGUCUGUAUCUCAUGAUUUAUUUCUUUAGGUUUCUAACUAUUUCAGCCAAGAUAAAAGUGAGUGGAACUUUAAAAGGUUGAGUAUAUCUUCAUUAAUCUACAAGUCCUAACAGCUCCCUGACACAUCAGUGGCACAGCUACAAGCUGAGCUUUAGGCAUUGCACUACAACUAGAUACUUUGUGUUCAAUAGGACUCUGUCAGUAAAUGAAUAAAAUCUUACACAAAACAUCUCAAGAGUGGCCACUGACGUGGGUGUACCUCAGUUUUUGGUACCUCCAAAUCAGGCUCUGGGUGUCCCAAGUUAGGCCAAAAUUGUUGGUCAGUCUUGGAAAUGUGGCGGCUGCUGCCGGCAUUUGAUUUUGGUGUGGUGACACUUGACACAAGAAUUUACAGAUGUUUGUUACUUAAUUACCUUGAAGUAUGGUCUAGUGGGCUUACGGGGAGAUAAUCAACAAGACUUAGUGCUUCAUGACCAUUUAAUAAGUAAUCCUGAGGUAGGUAAAGGUUAUUUUCCAGUUGAAACUGGGUAAGCCCGUUAACAUCUUGUUACCUUCAGAGGACUUAGAAAGUCUAGCAGAGAUGGAAAUGAGGGUGGGGCACAGGGACGUGGCUGAGAGAGCAAGGGUAUGGUUCAGUAGCUGGGAGCAAGGUAUUCCUGACUUGCACAACUAAAAGGGUAACUGGGCCCUAGGGUGUGUUUCUCCCAGUCGUGUGCCUAACUCUGCUCAGCUGACUUGACAAGUCAUUUGGUUUUCCUCUGUACCUCAGUUUCUUCCUCUGAAUAGAAAAUAAAUUCUGAUUUCAGAGAAUCUAUAUUGAUUUCCUGUAGCUGAGGAUUUGGCCUAGUAAUUGGUAGUACCAAAAUGAAAUAGGAGAUGGUCAAAUAAAGCAAGGAACAUGAGAAUGGUCAAAUAAAGCAUGGAUAACAGAGAAGGUGCCUGGAAAAGAUGAUCCACUACUUCAAAGUGGAUGCAAUUGGUGUGUGUCCCCCCUACCCUUACCCCUAGCUCCCCAAAGUAGUUGGUCUCAAAUUUACUCAAAAUCUUGUUUUUUAAUGAAAAGCAUCCAGUAACUAAGUGAUAAACUUUUUGUAACCAUCUCUAACAGCUUAAAUCAGUAAAGAUAUUUAAAAAGUGACUUUGGGUUAGAGAGAGGACACUCUGCUGGUUAUAUACUGCCCUUGGUUGUUAGGCAUUGUAAAUGAAUUCCGUGCAUAUUACUGAGGAGAGACUUGAUCUGUAUGUGAGGUUGUAAUGCCUGUAUUGCUAAGGGAUUAUAAAAUCUCCAUGGAAUAGGAACUCACAUAGACAUGAUAGCCAUAAAGUAAAGUUAUUUGCAAGGUAGGCUGAAAGGCCUUCAGUAAAUAAUGAUUCAUCUGAGUUACUUUAGUAGUAGCCUGGAGAAAGAAUCAAGAGCUAAAAAACCCUCCUGCCUUUAAAACUAAGGGAGUAUAAAUAGUAUGGAUGGUAAAUGGUUUUUGUUCAUAAGCUCAAAUACUUAAAAUGAGCCGAGUAAUAUAUAGCCCUUUGGGGAUGAAAGGGACCAAUUCCUCCUCUUCACUGCCGGGUGUAUUCUGGAGGUGCUAUUGUAUUUCCUCGUCAAGAGUGAAACAAAAACUGCAUGAUUGCUGUUACCCUUACCACCACCACCGCCACCACUGUUUCAUAAAGUGGCUAACCACAUGACUUAAGCGCUCACUGUAAGCUCUGGUGUUCUCUUUUUAAUGUAAAGGGUAAAAAAGCCCGAACGACAUAGUGAUAUGUAACUAUUUUGUUGCAUACCAAAACCCAGCAGUUGAAAGGCUGGGUCAUUAAUGAACUCUCAGGACAAUGCAUCAUUUUCAGCUAUAUGUUUAAGUUUAGAUCUACUGGAAAGUGAGCACACGUACAGCCUGUUUGACUCUCACCUUUUUUUUAACACUAUGCACCAGUGCUAGGUGUCAAAGGGAAACUAAACAAAGUAUUUGUUGCAAUGUACAGUGACUGGAGAACCUGGAGAAAGUUCCUAUAACUAAGAUAUAAAAGUAAUUGUCCAAUCCACUUCAUUGUACGCUGGUUGCUGUUGUGAGGUGUAUAUGCACAAUCAAGCUACUCUUCUAGACAGACAAAAAAAAGCAGCAGUCAUCUGCAGAUCUGUUGGGGUAUGUCUACAAUACAUAUAAGCCUAGGCUCUGACUCAGGUUUGAAUCCAAGCCCCAGGUCUGUCCACACACAAAUCAGUCUGACUCAGGUCAGUAAACACUCAGGACUUGGCUCCCAGGAGCCUGCUGUGACUGGGUCCAUGUCAUGACAUUUUGCAGUAAGGACAUGGGUCAUGCUGCAGACCCGAGCCAGAUCUUCAUGAUGCAGUAUGGACCUGUUAUCAAGACUGAGACCAAGGUCCGGCAAUUGUAAGAUCAGUUUUACAGUGUAGUGUGGACACUCAAGCAUAGGCUUGGAAACACCUAGUUCACAAGCCUUGGUCCCACAGACCGAGGUUUAUGAUGUCAUGUGGACAGACCCUUGAAGAUGUAGGCACAAUUUAUAUAAUGUGAGCAUGUGUGUUUAAAAUAUAUAAUUUAAGGAACGGGACGUCUUUCACACCUGAAAUGCAUUUGGGAAAAGUAUCAAGCGCUGAACAAUCAUCUGUUAGCCAAUCUAUCUAUCUGGUCAGCUGAUACGGAAUCAUAGUCAAGGGAACAAGACAUAGCUGCCAAAGCUGAGAAAAGCAGCAGGGUUAUAUUGUAUCUUUUAACAUCUCUUCAGGCAUUUUGAAACUGAGCAGGUUUAGUACAUCUAGUCUGUGAUCUAAUAAUUCAAGAAUCUGAUUAAUUUUACUAUUAAUCUCGGAAAAGUUCAAAUUAAAAUAAAUAGUGCAAUAUUGCUUUUGAUUUAAGUAGCCUGUGAUGCAUUUUAUAAAGCACCAUGAUACAUCCAAAUAUUGCCCUGUAAACAAACAGUAUUAAUUGUGGGUGACAACACAAUUGAGGUGUGGAUCACUGACCCUCGCUUUCUAUCCCUGUGGAAAAUGUGUCAAGAAUAAUGUGUUAUGUGGCAUCUCACACCAAACACUCUACGGCCUUCAUAGCUACUGAAAUGUGGGUAGCUCACUGCUAAUUUUUAUUCUAACUAUAUAAGGUGAUCCAGCUGUAAAAUACAAAGAUUGCUGCCUAUAUAUAUAUAUAUAUAUAUAUAAUGCAAAAAUAUUCCUUUCCAGGGCCAUUUUGGAAACAUCUUUUGUUAUCUGUUACAUGUUUAUACCAACAUUUUGUCUUAAUGAGUAAUUCUACCACUGUCAUCAGUUAAUACCAUGAAAAGCACAGGCAAUAAUGCAUCUAGACGAGACAGGCUCUAUUAAUUGCCUGAAGGAAAGGCACCAUUUAACCUUUAAAACUGUGCUUGCUUUCAUAUAGCUUUUCAGAACCAUUUGUAGCUUAUACUCUGCUAAGCCUUAGAAUGCUAACAUCGUUGGCAUGGACUGGUGGCUGGAAGCAGGAACUUCUGAGUUCUGAUCCCAGUUUUGCCACUGAUGUUGUGCGGCCUUAGGUUAAGUUGCCCCAGUGUAUCUUAACUUUUCGCCCCAUCCCCAAUAUGGUGACAAUGACAACCUCGCAGGGGUGUUGUGAGGAUUAGCUAUUUGUAAGGUGCUUGGUAGCUACAUAUAAGUUCUAAAUAUUAAGGGUGUGGUUUUUUUUUAAAUAUAUGUUCACAGCAUUCAGAGGGUUUUUCCUUAAAAUUUAAGUUUGAAAAAUGAAAUUCUGACAAAGAUACAAAAAAUAGCUAAUGGUAUAUAGAAGUAUAUGGGGGUGUGGCUUGUGGUUAAAAAUAAGACUGAAAGCCCAGGUACAGAAGUUCUAGUCCUGACUUAUUUGCCACUGGCUUAUAGUGUGACCUGGGGCAAGUAACACAUGGCUGGAUUUUCUAAACAUGCUGUGUGGUUUGUGCAGAGGUAAGGGGGCGGGGAAUGUUUUCCUAGAACAUUUGUAUUUGUAUAUAGAAACAUGGGUUCACACAUGUAUAUUGUGCACAAGAGGCCUUCCAGAUUUUGAAAUUGUAGCCCUUUUUGUGCCUUAUUUACUUUUGUGUGUAAAAUGGAGUUACUAAUACUUAUGUACCCCCAUAGGAUCUGGUGAGGUUAGAUGUUAGGCCUGAUCUAAACGCACAGUUGUGCCAAUACAAUUGUAGGUUAUACCGGCUUAGUUAAACUGUGUGUAGACAAGCUCGAAGUAAAACAUUUUUGAGAUACUUAGAUACUGGGUUUUUUUAUCCACAAUUUGCAACACCAUGGCAGUGGGGUGGGUAUACAUUAUUUUUGAAGUGCAGAGUGUUUUUUAAACAGUGGGGUUUGAAAUUUUCCCCAAACCCAUAAAACAUUUCCAACCCAGUGUGUUAAGUUGUAACAAUAAGGAGUUAGCAUAGUAUCAGCAAAGUGGUGGACUAUGCUUUAUUUUAAUGGGUUUGUAAUAGAAAAUUGAAACCAAACAUUUGUCCUGUUACUCAAGACCUUAAAAAUAGCUACUGUGGUUGUUUCUUUGAUGCAGAAGGCUGAGCAGAUAGAAAAGUCCAAAAUGGUUUGUUUAUGCAGUAACCACUUAUUGUGUGUAUAGGAAAGAUUCUGAGGCAUAAUAAAUACUACAUAUUGUACAUGUAGCUUCUCUUGUGCUACUAGCAACUGGAGCUUUUCAAGAUGGUUACAAUGUGAUUUAAUGUAGUUGGGACCCAUGUGUACUUAAGGCUGAUACUGGUAACAAUAAUUUGUCCUUUGAAUGAACUAAUCUUAAAUACCUCAAUGUAGGGUUGUGUGUAUUUUGUUUCUGAAUUGCUGCCAGACUCAUCUGAUGAUUAACAACAUUAAGAUCAAAGUAAGUAAGAUAAUGAAGUACUGGAGUAAUUAAAUUCUCAGUUUUGAGAUCUUGACUUCCCCCACCCCUAGCCCUUUUUAGAUGUUCUUGCAGCAUUAGAGUAGCUGUCUGGUUUUUCCUGUUUCUUGUCUCAAAUACUGUUUGCUUUGGUGAGGAUUUUGUUUUCCCUCUGAUGUUGGAUCUUGGCUUCUUCAAUUAAAAGGAAAAAGCAGAGGAGAGAGAUUCAUGUUUGAAUCAUUACCUAGUGCCUCAGAACAUGUGCCAUACACUUCAGACAUUUUUGAAAUGAGAAGUAUCUUAAGGGAGAUGAUUGAACAUACGGGGUACUUGGCAGCAAAAUUAACCCCCCUAUACCACCCACCCCCAAAAGUGGCUUUUGCUGUGUCUUGAUAUCAAAAUAGUUUUUAGGAUAGAGCUGUAUAGGUUACAUAGAAACAUAAGUUUCUAACUUUAAGCACCUAAAAUAAUUCUGCUUGUUUGUUUCAGACAUCUUUGAACUUAAUUUUCAUGGAAUGUCAAAUGUAUAUGUCCAGCUUGAUUAACCCAGUAAAUCAUCCUGUUACUAAGCAUGUACGGAGUACAGUCUCUCUUUCUUGCUCUGGUGGUAGCAAUCUGUUAUGCUUGUCUGGAUUGUUUGUGGUCUGUACCUCUGUGAAUAAAAUAUUCAGUUUACUUCU